GUACCACUUGCCCGCCCGCCGCCGCCGCACCACCACGUACAACAUUAAAAGAUCUUCGUUGACAAUAAUGAGGAGACCCGGCAUCAUAAAAUGAGUCUGUUCGUUGACUUGCGUCAAAUCAAGUCUUCCGUAACAAACCUCUCAGAAAUGGUGGACAAAAUAUCAUCUUCAGUUACCAAAGAGAAGAUACCGGAAGAAAACAUUCCAAAAAAAGAACACUCAGUGUUGUACGGCAGUAUGUACAAACCCACGACGCUCGGCUUUGGUGUCCGCUUCUCUAGUCAAGAGGAUGUUUUCCGGGACAUGCCUUCGUCCAGGCUGCGGAGUCAUGUGUCCCUUCCAAACUUAGGGAAAGCAGAUGGUCCAUUUGAAAGACCAUCUACAUCUAGAGAAGAUCGCCCGAAAAUCGAGGAAAUCGACGACGAAAAAAGCGACACUACUAACAAACCUACUCUACAAUUAUCAGCUGAAGAAUUCGGUGACUGGAUCGUCGCUUCUUUGAAUAAACGACCAAACUUUGAUGAUACUGGUGACACUCAUCCCAUGGAUUUCAUAGAAAGCAUAAAAUAUUACAUCUCUGAAUUAAAUAUGUCCCAGGACAAGCAGCUUCCGUUCAUAAUAUCGUGUCUUGAUGGAGUGCCGCUGAUGUGGGCCCGUUGCUUCAGACACGAAUUUAAAGAUGUUGAAGGAUUUUAUAGCGCUUUCGAGCAAGAAUUUUGGGGGCCAGAUAGACAAAAGUCUGUGCUUUACGAUAUGAAACUUGGAAAGUACGACGAAACCAAUGCACGAAUGAGCAUGUCUGAAUACUUUUUGCACAAGGUCUCUAACUACAGACACUUGAAUCCGCCGCCAUCGGAUUUAGAAAUCGUCUACUCGCUAGCAGCCCACUUCCCGUCUACAGUGGAGCUAGAGCUGCGGUUGGCACCAAAGCCCACGUUACGUGAUGCGUACCGUUUGUUGCGCCGUAGAGAUGGCGAGACGGGCGAAUUCCUCCCCAACUACCUAUUCGAAAUGUGCGAAGCUUUUCAACGCGGGCAACGUAUCGACUCCGGGCGGCGCUACGAAGGAUCACACUCAGCGGCGUCAGAUUAUAGACCAAAGACACCUAAAUAAUCUUC